AUGGGGUCUUUGGAAGCUGGUCAUAGGCAUAGAGAUCAUUUGCCAGCUCUAGGUCUUUUGAAUAAAGAAGGCCCUGUAUAUCCCCCGAAGCACCCUGCUUUUACAUCAGGAACCGUUACAUCUCCAGCACCACUUCUCAGCCCGACCAGCAUGUAUCCGGGCCAACCACUACCCUACUCCUACCCGCCGUCGACCAACAGCGCAGGGUCUGUCCCGGCUGGAUAUAUUUCGCCCCCGGAUUCACGCCGCGCAUUGGAAGAGGAGAGAGAGAAGCAACCUCAGAGACAGUCUCUCCCGUCGAUCCACGAGGCUCUCGGCAAUGAUAACCCUCUCCCUUACCCUGCUCCCACUUCCGCACCUCCCCAACAGUCACCUCAUGCACCACCGCCUCAUUCUGUUUCUUCGAAUCUUAUGGGACGUCCCAGUGGAGAAGGACCGGCUGGACCCCCAAACCCUUUUCUAAGUGGAACGCCCUCCGGACCGUUUAUUCGAGACUCUGCAUAUUCUCAUCAACCUCAGCUACAAACGGAACCGUCGCGGACUAGUUUGGUGACGGUGAACACCCAGGACUCGAGAAAUGCUUCGCUUCAGUCGCUCAGCUCGGGAAAAUCGCCCACGCAAAGCUCCAAGACAGGGUUCACGUCAAUUUCGGGAUCGCAAGCGGGAUCUGGAUAUGAAUACAGUGCCCCUCCUUCGGCAGGAGGUGGUAUCGCUUCCCCCAAUGGAUAUGGCCCAUUUUCUCAGUCAUUCUCAUUUCAGUCGCAGCCCCCUUCGAAUGCGCCAGCAUAUCCCCCCUCAUACGACGCUAGGCCCUAUGGCGGCUCGCCUUGGAAGCCGGGAAUGGCAGAGGCCGCGCGCGUUGACGAAGUGAAGGGUGGAUACGCGGGUCACUCGAUGGCGGGACAGCCUCAUCCGGAUUCUGUCAAGCGACACUCCGAGGUCUACGAUGUGGAGCAGUCACUCAAUGAGAUUGCCGAAAUGAGCACCCGCACUUUGGACUUUUCGCGACACUAUGCCCAAAGAGCGCACCAGACCCAGCGUUCUGGACCAGUCUUAGGGUCUCUGCCCUCUCUACACGAGGUGGAGGAUAUGCUUAGUCUCCAACGGCGGAAUCAGGACGCUCUAUUGCGUAUACGAACCGCCGUUUUGAACCAGGAACAUGCCUUGGCAGAGCAAAUGGCCCAACGAAAAGCCUACAAACAUAGUGGGAUCCGCGAAGAUGACCACAUGGCAAUGUACCAAGAGGACUUCAAGGGCAGUGGCGGGUUUGCCGGACCGGAUUCAAAGAAGCGACGAGGGAAAGCGGCUCCUCCUGGUCGUUGCCACAGCUGUAACCGAGCCGAAACACCGGAAUGGCGUCGUGGCCCAGAUGGUGCCCGGACUUUAUGCAAUGCCUGCGGGUUGCAUUAUGCCAAGUUGACGCGCAAGAUGGGUGCCAAACAGGCGUCUUCCUUGGGGUCGAAUCUCAAACCCAAGUCCCUCGACUCCGCAUCCCCGAGUAGCCAUUAA